GGAGCAUCCUAUAGGCUAAUCAGUUGGUAGUUUCAAUCCAGCCUCAGCAUCCUCCCCCUCCUCCCAGAAGAGGACAGCCGACAGCCGGUGUGCGCGAGGUGUUUUUGUCCGCUACCAUGGUGGAAAUUACGGAUAUCGUGUGCCUUCUCGUCCCGCUGGUGAUGCUCGCGGGCUCUACCUUCCAGACCGACGUGAAGAGCGUCAAAGAGGCGGAAAAAACGGGGAAUUUCAUGGAAGACGAGCAGUGGCUGUCCACCAUUUCACAGUACAGCCGCAAGAUCAAGCACUGGAAUCGCUUCAGAGACGAUGAUUAUGUUCGUACCUGGGAUGAAAAUCAAGGAUCUAAUGACAAUGUAGACACCACCAAGGACCCCUGUCAAAAGGUUAAGUGCAGCCGACACAAGGUGUGUAUCGCCCAGGGCUACCAGAGAGCUGUGUGCGUCAACCGCAAGAAGCUUGAACACAGACUGAAGCAGCCUGCACUCAGGUCUCCUGAUGGAAAUUGUCAGCCCUGUCCCAUCUCCUCCACCGGGCCUGUGUGUGGAUCGGACGGACGCAACUAUGCCUCAAAGUGCAAGCUGGAGCAGCAGGCGUGUCUUACGGGGAAGGAUCUUACCUUGAAGUGUUCAGGUCUGUGUCCUUGUCCAACUGCUGCCCCUGCGUCCACUGAGAGUAAACACGAGAGCUGUACUGGACAGGAUCUGGCUGAUCUCGGGGAGCGUCUGAGGGACUGGUUCCAGCUACUGCAGAGCAACGCCAAGCAGAACAACAAUAGCAAGACCGGGACCAGAUCCACUGCAGUCAGCACCACUUCAGUGCUGGACAGGAGCCUGGUGGCCAGCUGUAAGGACUCCAUAGGCUGGAUGUUUUCCAAGCUGGACACCAACAGCGACCUGUACCUGGACCAGGCGGAGCUGGCUGCCAUCAACCUGGACAAGUACGAGGUCUGCAUCCGGCCCUUCUUCAACUCCUGUGACUCCUACAGGGAUGGCAAGGUCUCCACUGCUGAGUGGUGCCUCUGCUUCUGGAGAGAGAAGCCACCCUGCCUGGCCGAACUCGAGAGGAUCCAAGUACUAGACGGCGGCAAGAGAAAGUUUGGUCGAUUCAUCCCAAGCUGUGAUGAGGACGGCUACUACAGGAAGCAGCAGUGUGACAGGGGAGAGUGCUGGUGUGUUGACCAGAACGGAGGAGAAGUAGCCGGAUCUCGGAUGCGUGGCAAGCCAGAUUGCGGUAAGCCCUAUGAUGAAAUGGCAUAUUCAGGUGAUAUUGGCAGUGGAGUUGGAUGGGAAGACGAGGAAGAGAAAGAGGCUGAGGAGACUGCAGAGGAGGCUGAAGAGGAAGAGGGAGAGGUGGGAGAGGUGGAUGAUGGGGGCUAUAUCUGGUAAACGUGUAGUCAAACCUCUCCAUAGGAGCGUCUUGAACACAAACACACACAUACACACACACAGAUCCUGCAAAGAGAUGGACGCGGUGAAGCUCUCACAUUCAGAACAACACUGGUUUAUGAAAAAGCGAAGGGAGAGGGUUGCACGGGUCAGGAGAGGGAAGAUGCAUAUGUCAUUAUGGGUGUAUUUAAUGUUACAGGAUGUACUUUAAACGGGAAGGGGAAGGGGGACAUGUCACUAUUAAGAAAUUAUGGGUCUGGAUAAUUUUGUCCCUCAUACUUGUGAAUCUUUGUUCUCUUCUGUUGUAAGUCCUUUGAACUAUCUUUGAGCAGUUUUUAGCUGAUGCAUAAUGGAGACCUUAAGCAGCUGCAGGUGCUUGUCAUGUGCUUGCAUAAAAAAAAUGGAGAAAGAUAGGGUGCAUUUCAAUAGUCUAAAUUGGCCUCUUUCAUCUUUCCGUUCUGCAAAUUGACAACAUUUAGAUAAACAGUUUUGAUUUCAGGCAGGAAAUGGGAAAUAAAGAGAGUAAGCCGCGUUGGAGUAUUGAAAAGCACCCUUUGACUUUAUCGUUUUCAUGUCAUUCGCUUCGGCUCAUAUGUGACGGUAGUCAUUCAUCAUGACUUAUUGAAAAAAAAAAAGUUUCUCACGCAUCACUCUUUAGCUUGUAUAUAAUGUGUGUAUCAGAAGACAGAUUGUCACCUAUUAGUCCCGUUAUCAAUGCCUUGAGAGACUAGCAGAGUAUACUGCUUAGUUGACAAGUGUACAUCGUAUCAUAAUGUGGAUCAAUUAUUGUGUUUAAUAAAAAAAAAUAAAAUAAAAUAAUCUGGUCUAUGUGGCCCAGCUGGCCGCCGUACAUCUGAGUCUGUG